GAACUUUGCUCCCCAACAAGGGCGGUAGCGCGAGACAAAAACCCUAACCCUCAGCCUUUGCUCCCCCUCAUCGUUAUUCUUUAUCUCGCUCGGCCUCCUCCUCGCGCUCGAGCGUUCCCCGGGCAGCUUCUUCAGUCAGGGUUGUGAAGAUGGUGAGGAUUAGUGUCUUGAACGAUGCUCUGAAGAGCAUGUACAACGCUGAGAAGAGGGGAAAGAGGCAGGUAUUGAUUCGGCCGUCAUCCAAAGUCAUCAUCAAGUUUCUUCUGGUUAUGCAGAAGCACGGAUACAUUGGGGAGUUUGAGGUUGUGGAUGAUCACAGGGCAAACAAGAUUGUUGUUGAGUUGAAUGGCAGGCUGAACAAGUGUGGUGUGAUCAGUCCGCGGUUCGAUAUUGGAGUGAAGGAGAUCGAGUCAUGGACUGCUCGUUUGCUUCCCUCCCGACAGUUCGGUUAUAUUGUUCUGACCACAUCUGCUGGAAUCAUGGAUCAUGAGGAGGCAAGGAGAAAGAAUGUUGGUGGCAAGGUCUUAGGGUUUUUCUACUAGGAGCUUCUUAAUGUUGAAGUUUAUUGUCGCUUUUUGUUUCUUUAAGCCAGAAUGUUGAUUUUUGGAUAUGCAAUUUUGACGUGCACUUUUCUAUUUGAUAUCAUUGUGAUUUCUUAA